CUCAGAGAGUCCUUAUCUCUGCACAGCUCCCUGCAGUCCACACCAUCAGAGAUUCACCCACAGAUACCCACUGCUAACCUGCAGGGAGCCGAGGAGAUCAUGAAGCUGAAGUUGCCUAACCCAGGCCUGGAGGACCGGAUUCUGAGCCACGAUGAGCUGGAACGGCUGGAGGUGGAAGAGGCUGGAGACAGACCCAAGUGGGACAACAAAGCCCAGUAUAUGCUGACCUGCGUGGGCUUCUGUGUGGGUUUGGGCAACGUCUGGCGCUUUCCAUACUUGUGUCAGAGUCAUGGAGGAGGGGCCUUCAUGAUUCCCUUCUUAAUCCUGCUGGUUUUUGAGGGAAUCCCUCUUCUUCAUCUGGAGUUUGCCAUCGGUCAGCGGCUAAGGAAAGGCAGCAUGGGGGUGUGGAGAACUAUUAACCCCUACAUGCUUGGAGUUGGUAUUGCGUCUAUGUGUGUGUCCUUUCUGGUCAGUCUGUACUAUAAUACCAUCAUAGCAUGGGUCAUGUGGUACUUCUUCAACUCCUUCCAGGACCCUCUGCCUUGGAGCCAUUGUCCCAUCAAUGAAAACAGGACGGGAUUCAUUUCCGAGUGUGAGAAGAGCUCACCUGUGGAUUAUUUCUGGUAUCGUAAGACUCUUAACACGUCUCCAGCCAUAGAUGAAACAGGAGGUCUGCAAUGGUGGAUGAUCCUCUGUCUGAUCUCAGCCUGGGGAGUGCUGUACGUCUGCUGCAUCCGUGGAAUCGAAACCACUGGAAAGGCUGUUUAUGUGACGUCUACAUUGCCGUACUUAGUUCUUACGAUCUUCCUGAUCAGAGGACUGACUCUGAAAGGAUCCGUUGAUGGCAUCAAGUUCCUCUUCACUCCAGAUAUAAAUGAGUUAGCAAACCCCACCACAUGGUUGGAUGCAGGUGCACAAGUGUUUUAUUCGUUUUCUCUAGCUUUUGGAGGUCUCAUCUCCUUCUCCAGCUAUAACUCUGUGCACAAUAACUGUGAGCAAGAUGCAGUAAUCAUCUCCAUCAUUAAUGCCUUUACCUCAAUCUACGCAGCCACUGUCAUCUACACCAUCAUUGGUUUCAGAGCUACAGAGAGAUUUGAUGACUGUUUGGAUGGGAACAUCUUGACACUUCUGAACACAUUUGACCUGCCAGAGGGAAACAUCAAUCAGAGCAACUAUCUAGAGGUUCUCCAGGGCCUUAACACUACAAACCCUGACAUCAUCAGCGGCCUCGCCCUUAAGACCUGCGAUCUAAACAGCUUCCUCAGUGAGGGUGUGGAAGGGACAGGUCUGGCCUUUAUUGUGUUCACUGAGGCCAUCACUAAGAUGCCACUGUCUCCGCUCUGGUCCGUCCUGUUCUUCAUCAUGCUCUUCUGCCUCGGCCUGUCUUCCAUGUUUGGCAACAUUGAGGGUGUUCUGGUUCCCCUGCAAGACCUGAAGGUCUUUCCCAAAAGCUGGCCCAAAGAGGUCAUUUCAGGGGUGACGUGCUUGGUCUGCUGCCUGGUUGGGCUUAUAUUUGUGCAGGGCUCAGGGAACUACUGGCUAGCCCUGUUCGACAGCUUUGCCGGCUCGAUUCCUCUCCUCAUCAUUGCUUUUUCUGAGAUGAUUGGAGUCGUGUACGUCUAUGGGAUAGACAGGUUCAAUAAAGACCUGAUAUUCAUGAUUGGACACAAGCCUAACAUCUUCUGGCAAGCCACAUGGAGAUUCAUUAGUCCCCUCAUCAUGUUAGCCAUUUUCAUCUUCUACUUUUCCACCACCGUCACCAAGGAAAUCUUCUACAGCGCCUGGGAUCCUGAAUCGGAAAAUUUCCCAACCCUAGAGAAGAAGCCAUAUCCAUCUUGGGUCUAUGUAAUAAUCUUUCUCCUGGCUGGGAUCCCUACUUUGGCUGUACCCGGCACUGCUGUUUUCAGAGCCAUACGAGAACACUGCUGCAAAAAACAUCCCAGUGCUUCAGUUCAAGAACUUAAUUCUGUAUCUUACAAAGUUCAUAUGCAGGAUGAAGAAAUCAAGUCACAAAAUUCAUUGAAAUCUGACCAAAAGUUCUACAGAUGAUAUCCAAUUUAAAGUUCUAUAUAGUUUUAAAGGAAUAUGCAUACAUUCAGAGAUUACUGCCUUUUCUGAAACUGCUGGAAUAUAAUUUUUGCCCUUCAAAAUAUUUGUCUAUUUGUUAAAAUGUCAUUAGUGGUUCCAGUUUUUGUGUUCAGUUUCCAAAUUUCCAUAAAACAACCACAUUUAGGCUACCAGCUGUGGAUAAAAUUAAGAAAUUAAUUUAAAGCCUGAUGAAUUGAAGAGAUUUAUUUGUUCAUUAUAUUUGUAAUAUAUAAUUUGAAAUACAUUUCACUAUUGCAAAAUAAAAGUGUUAUAAGAGAAAAUAAUGAUAUAAAAUUUGGUAGUGGCAUAUGGCAGGCAAUUAUUUGUUUCAUAGAUCAGUCAGUGUAUUUAUUUUUUAUAACAAAUAAUGGCAUUUUAUUUGAAUUUUGACUAUAGAGAAACUAUAGAGUAUUUGUUUUAAAUAUUUGACCCAAUUUUUCCCCAAUACAGAUGUUCUGCUAUGAAUUUGAGAGGAUUUUGCCCAUGUUUCUUGCAAGUGCAUUAAAUAU